AGUUGCCGUUGACGCUUUUGGCUAAUAAUAAUAACAAAUAUGACGCGACGCAGUUGAAAAAUGAAUAGAGUAGAGUGACUGUAAAGCAAGGUCACGAGUGAAUGAAAAAUUCAAAGUAACCAGUUGCAAGUGAAGUGACAAAGCAAGCAAGAAAUUAAUAACUAAUUACGCCAGAGCAACAAAAACAACUGCAGAGUAAUAAAACACCAACAACAACAAAACAACAACAGCAACAACUACAACAACAGCAGCAGCCAUAAACAACUAGACAAAUAAAACAAGAAUUUGCGAUAAGAUAAGCGAAACGCUGCCAAAGGCGGUGCAACCAAGAAGACAGAGAGAGAGAGAGAGAAGUCGAGUCACCACAUUAGACAUUAGCUGUCAACGGAGGCGCAAAGCGUGUUGCAAUCAACAACAAGGAAGCAGCAGCAACAGAGAGGUGAAGAGGUAAAGGAGAGGGAAGUCUAAUGCAGCAACAGGAAAAGAGGCGGAUCGAUGGGCAAGUGUGUCUCGAGGCAAUCCCCGGUUGCACAUCAUCAAUCUGUGCUGACAAUUGCCUUGUCGCAGCAAGAUUUGCGCCACGCCCACAAAAUAUGGCAACAGUUGACAGCGAGUAAUGAAUAUAUAGCCACGACUACUCGUUCAACUGCGGCAGAUGAGCCGACAUUUUAUUACCACAUAAGCCAGGCGCAGUCAGCGACCACGAAGGAAACAGCGACAAAGUCACAGGAGAAGGAAAUAGAGGAAGAAGGCGACGCUGUGCUGCACAUUCAGUCUGUCUAUAAUCAUUUGGAUGCCCAUGUGAAUGCUGAGCAUGUUAUUGGCAACUCGCUGACAGGUUGCAACACCAACAACAACGGUAGCGAAGCCUUGGCUUAUGCCACUUGCCAGGAAUUUUUGUUGCAUGAACUCGCGCAGACGCUCGCCGAGUGCCAAGUGAAAUACAUAACCCCAGAGCUCAGGGAUAAUAGCAGCUAUGACGACUGGAAUGGGAUCACAACAGACGCUGCCUUGGAGCUGAGCGAUAUUGAUAGCGACCGUCAGAGUGAGAGCGACAGCGACAGCGAGCGACAGAGUGAGAGUGAGAGCGAGCGAGAGGAGACACUUCAACUUCAACGACAACUGAGGGGGGGCCAAGCGGAGAGCAAGAAGCACGGCGCCAAGUCGCAACGUCGCAACAAUGGCAAUGGCAACAAUCCAGGCCAGCAGCUGGAAUCCAGCGACCAACAGCAGCAGCAACAGCAACAGCAGCAACUACAGACCAAAGGCACCGCCAUGUCCUUUGGCUUUCGCAAGAAGCUCAACGGUACGCCCAAGAAGUUCAAGAAACUCCUCGAGGCAGCCAACAACCAUCAUCACGGCAAUAGCAACACCAACAACACAGCGUCCACAGUGGUCACAGACACAAAGGACGACAAUGGCAAUGCAAUGCCGACAGCUACCGCUCCCGCUCCGCCCGUGCAGUUUGAGAAAGUGGGCGUCGCCGGGGCCCAGAAGACAGCAACGAAUCGCACAGGUGCGGCGGCUGGCAAACGUUUCGGAUAUCGUGGCGCCGUGCCACGCCCCGCCUCAGCUGGCUUAGCGAGCAACUUCAGCGGCAGCGAAGAUGUGAUGGAGACGGCAGCCAAUGCCCAGAAUAACAACGCCACCAGCAACAACAACAACUCUGGCAACAACAACACAAACAACAACGGGAAUAGCAAUGUGGCUGGCACUGGCAAUGUGCUGGUGAGCAAUCUGAAGCGACGUUCGAAGAGCGCACACGCGGGUCGCAGCGGGGAUGGAGAGCCCAAAAUAGCUCAGCCCAAGACGCUGACGUUCAAUCUGAACCAGAACACAACGAUUGAGUAUCAGCGACGUCAGUUCUUUGGCGAGUUUGCGGAUGAGGCAAGUGCCACAGCCACAGCCACAACAAAUGCGGCUGCCACGUCACGGCGCUACAACUACAACAAUCUGGCCAACAUGCAUGCGAAUGUCAUCGUUCGUCCCACGCCGCGAGCUCCUCCCCCGAGCUUUGCCAAGUUCACGCUACAAACUGUGAGCUUGCCACGACCCGAGUAUCCGGUGGCCAUCAGUCUGACCGCCACCACGCCCACUACGCCCAGCAGCAGCAGCGUGCAGUCGCCACACACCGGAGCCAGAGCUAAAGAUGUCGCCUCACGUCCGCAUCCCUUGACCUCGAUCCAUGUUCAACCCACAGCGGGCAGGCAACUGGAUCAGAAGAGCGUCAAGCAGCUGACGAACAGCACAACGCGAAGAGGAUUCUCCGGCAGUCGCGAGAUUAGCGCGGACUCAGGCAUUGCCAGCAUGGACAUGGCCGUCGACUCCGCCAGCAGCUCGGGAUCGGGUUGCAGCGGCAGCAGCUCCAAGCGUAGUCGAAGUCGUCCACGGAAUCUGCAGAUGGUCAUGAGUGGACGACACACGUUCGAGGUGCGUGACAUGGAUGAUCCGCCCUCAAGUGAAUCCAACUCUUAUGUGGAACCGUUGGCUUUACCAAAGUUGCCCACGGACAACAAUCAGACAACUCCCUUGCCUCUCAUUGGCUUGGUACGCUCCAAUACGGUCCUGAGUCGCGAGAGUUACGAGCGACGUCAGACAACAUCUUCCGGACAGCCUCAGGCUUCAGCUCAGGUGAUCUUGCAAACUCCGGAGACGCCUCCUAAGCCCAAGGCAACUGGUUCUGAUGACAGCGAGAGCGUCGAUGAGGAGAAAUUGUAUCUGGACUCGUCCACCUCCGAGAAGAGUGCCAAACAGCUGAGUCACAGCCAGUCAUCGUCGAUGUCGUGGCGCUGCCAAGCGGGUGAAUCUCUGGCUGCCAGGGAUUGCAGCAGCAUGAGCAUCUCCAGCACCAACAACAAUAGCAACAGCGACACCCAGGCACCCGACAAAGCCAAUGAGAAGGACGAGGACAUGUCGCUUGCUCUGGAUGACAUCAGUCUGAUCAACACGGACAUGCAGUUCAGCACCAUUUCUUCUCUAACUGAACCAGCACCUAAGCCCAGCUGCUCCAACGCUGGCCCCGCAGACGAUCACUUGCUCAACAUGCACAUCGUGGACAAUCGCGAGGCAACCACAGUGCGUCUGCCCAUCGAGCGACCACGCAGUUUUAAUAAUGCGCUCAAUGAAUCAAAGUUCGCUGAACUGGCGCUGGCAAGCAGCAGUUGUUUGCUGUUGGAUGAUGAGACUUCGCCCACAGACAGUUUGGUGAGCAGCACCGAGGAGGCGUCUGAGGAGGCGGGGGGCAAGCUGAAGAAGCACAAGCACAAUGCGGAACUGCAGCAGAAGGACUUUGAUGUGGACAUCGAUGAUAUAUCGCCAGUGAUGGAGUUGGAACUCGAUCCCGGCAGUCGCAGUCCCCACUCCCCGGGCACGCCCACACACGCCUCCCAUUCGCUGUCGCUGGGCUCGGACUGUGGCAAUCUGAUCGACGACGAGAUCGCCGAUCAGCCCGCAUUGCUGUGCAACAGCGAGGCCCAAGAACUGGCCACCGACACGCCCACCUUGAUGGAGACGCACACGCACACCCAAACGGGAUCAUUGCGUUCGCUCAAGAGUCAGUCCAAGGCACGCACUGCGCUGCAGCAGGCCAUCGAGUUGAGUCUCCGCACUCCGGCUGCAGUGCGUCGAGCUGUCCUAGAAAGCGCUGAGUCCCUGGACACUUUAUCGCCCUGCGAAUCCAUUUGCUCUGACGAUCUGAUGAUGGACUUUGAUAUGAACAGCAGCGUCGAUUCCAUCGAUCGCACCAUGUCGAUGCGCAGUCGCAGUGGCUCCGAUCUCCAUAAGCUGGGCACCGACAUCGAUCCCGAGCAGGCCGAGACGGAGGCGGAGUUGUUGUCGCAACUGGAGUGCAAGGGCAGCGAUGUGAUGAAGGAGCUCAACAGUUUGCUUCGUGUGCGCAUGCAACGCUCCACAGCGAGUCCCAGGGAGCGCAUCAGCGCCAAGUUGCCGGCACGUGCCACACGGCUGUUGAAUCGCUCACGGUUGCAGGAUCAGCAGCAGCUCACCGGCAACGAUUCGGACAACAGUCUGCGUUCAACGCACAGCGGCGCCUCCGGUCGCAAGCGCAGCACAGCUGCCUCGCGUGCCUCCACCGCCUCCUCCACGUCCAGUCUGCAACGUCGCCAGCAACAACAGCAGCAACAUCAGCAACAGCAUCAACGUUCGCAACUUGCAACGGGCUCGAGACGCGGCACAGGCUACGGCAGCAACGCGGAGCUGCACAGCUCAUCGGACGAUCUGAUGUUGUAUGACAAGUCCUUCAGGAAUGCCAUGAUCCAGGAUGUGCUGCAGUUCAAGAAGCAGCUGCUGCGACUACGUCGCAUCCUUCAAGAGGAAGCAGAUUUUGAUUUGAAGCGGACGGAGACGUUGAAUCCCUUUGAGAAUGACAAUGUGCAACUGUUUGCCGCCUGUGGCUUGGAUAGCAAGCAGCUGAAUGACAUCGAUUUGGCAAGCUUGACGUCAUCCACAACGGAGGAUCCACUUCAGGAGUUAACUGAUCUACGUAGACAGGUGGUUUACCUUCAGGGUCAAGUGGAUGAUCGUGAUCGCACCAUACGCCUGCAGCGAGAUCUCAUCGAGCAGCUGGAGGCGGAGAAGCGUCAAGCGGCAACGGCUGGCAACGAAGUGAUCAAUAAGGAAUGCAUUAGCAUGGCCACCCAGACCGAGCGAACACGACCACUUGCCAUUGGUGCGGAGGGUUUGUCCAGAAGUAAGCCCGAAUACACCAGUUACACGACGCACUUUCCGGCGUUGCACUUGCAUUGCAAUGACUCGACGGUGGCUGCCACAACGAUCAUACGUCAUCAGCAGCAGCCGCUGCAGCAGCCACAGACAUGCAAUGGACACCACAACAGCAACAAUCACAGCAACAGCAACAACAACAGCAAUCACAACAACAGCAACAACAACAAUUGUCGUGCCCUGAGUCAGACACGUCGACACACGAUCAUUUCAACGACGCUGACCAAUUACAAUCAGCAACUGGCAGCUGCCGCUUAUCCGCGUCGCGCUUCCAUCGCCUGGGAUGCCACAGAGACAGCGACACCAACGCCAACGACCACGCCCACAGCGGCAGUUGUCGCCCACAAGCCGGUGCGCAUAACACUGAUCGGCGAGCCGCUGCCAAUGCCGAAGUCGAAGCCGAAGUCGCAACAACAACAUCAACAUCAACAGGCGAAGACGCGCUUCCUCAAUGGCGGCAGCUGUCAGAGCAACGGUCAGGGCAACCAUCAUCAUUAUCAGCCGUUAUACAACAGCAACAAGAUGACAAACCCAACCGUAACUAUAGUCUGAUUUAUAGAUAAACCUAUACUACCCCCAACCGUCUACUGCAUUCUUCAAACUAUAUUCCUACAACAAACUGCGCACAAUUAUCUCUCGGCAGGCGCUUAACAAAGUAAGCUAAAAAAAAUAAACUAAAAUCAUCGAUAGCAGAGAAAAUAACUUGGAUUAGUAUCGGCAUAGCAUAGCAUAUAAAAAGAAAAAACAAUACGCGUUAAUACAAUAGGAAAUAAUAUAAAAUAUAUAUCUAAAAUAAUCAUAGAAUACUAUAUGAUAUGAUAUUUUGUAAAAUGAAAUCCAAUAAGAAUAACAAAUGUUAUAUGAAUAUACUCUCAAAUAGUUUGCAGUCUUACCAAAACCAGUGAAAAUCUUAAGAUAUAUAGUACAUUAUAAUUCCUUGGGCAUUAUAUACUUAAGAGCUCUUGGCAAUUAACAAAGAUUCUAUAAAAAAAAAACAAAUAAAAUUUCAACUUUUUUCUUAUAUAAAUGUUCUAAGCUUAAUUAAAACAAUUAAUUGUUAAUUAUGUUAUUUAAUUUGUAGCCUAAGUUUUAGUAUUCUUCGAUAGUUGUUUGUUUUUAGUUAUUUGUAUUAUAAUCGUACGCUAGAUUUAUUCAUAGUUUCUAUAUUCACACAUUGCUACAAAAUAGUCUAAAGAAAAAAUAAUUAUAAUAAUUACAUUUAUUUUUUUUCUGCAAGUGCACAAUAAAAUGUAAUCAAUGUGCAACUAAAUAUAAAUAAAUUAUAUAUAUUACUACACUAUAAAGAAUACAGAAUAUAUAUUAUUGUAAACAAU